GUUGGCCAUUUGGCCCUCUUUAAUUUGGCCAAUACCCAAUCACCAAUGUCCAUACCGUUUUGCUAAAUUUGCGCGCCGUACGGUGUACUCUAACAUAAAUAAGAUAUAAAAUUUACUGAUUAGUGAUUACUCAUAACCAAAAGACUGAAAAAGAAACACACUGUUUACUGUGUAAAUAGUAAUAAAAAAUAUGUUAGCUACUAAAAGUGUAUAAUUUUCACUGUAAUUCUUAUUGAAAAUCCCAUGUUAAGAAAAGGGACUAUAAAUCCUGUUAAAUAUUGUUCAACAAUAAUUGGAGGUGUAUUCGAUAUUCUAAGUUAAAACCGAUAUGGCUGGUAAUUUCUGGCAAAGUUCGCACCAUCAGCAAUGGAUGCUGGAUAAACAAGAUCUUAUUCGAGAUCGCCAACACGAUUUAGCAAAGUUGACUGAUGAAGAGUACCAGAAAAUCUUUAAUUUUUUUGCUAGUAUUAUUCAAGUGCUCGGUGAGCAAUUAAAAUUGCGACAGCAAGUAAUAGCCACAGCGACUGUUUACUUCAAGAGAUUUUAUGCAAGAAAUUCGUUAAAAUGCAUCGAUCCUCUGCUAUUAGCACCUACUUGUGUUUUCCUGGCCUCAAAAGUAGAAGAAUUUGGUGUUAUAUCCAACUCUAGGCUCAUAACGACAUGUCAAACUGUAAUAAAAAACAAAUUUAGUUACGCUUUUGGCCAACAAGAAUUUCCAUAUAGGACAAAUCAUAUAUUAGAAUGUGAAUUUUAUUUGUUAGAGAACUUAGAUUGUUGUCUUAUAGUCUUUCAACCAUAUAGGCCUUUACUUUUGUUUGUGCAAGAUAUAGGACAAGAUGACCAAUUGCUAACAUAUGCCUGGAGAAUUGUAAAUGAUUCACUUAGGACAGAUGUCAGUUUAUUAUAUCCCCCAUAUCAGAUUGCAAUUGCAGCUUUGCAUAUAGCCUGUGUUAUGCUGGGCAAAGAGAAUCUAAAACCAUGGUUUGCUGAACUCAAUGUGGACUUGGAUAAGAUUCAAGAAAUUGUUAGAGCUAUUAUAAAUUUGUAUGAAAUGUGGAAGAGCUAUGAUGAAAAGAAAGAAAUUCAGGCUCUUCUAGCAAAAAUGCCAAAACCAUGUCCUGCUCCACAAAGAUAAUAUUAUUGGAAGAAAGCUAUCAUUAUGAAAUGUCUUUUAUAAGAAAUCUGUGAUUAGAUUGCAGAUAUUAAUAUAAAGAAUUAUAUUAGAGGUGUUUUGGUAAAAAAAAAUUACCGAAGUGGUUGAGAUCAUCGGUGUAAUUAAGUAUAAUGCAAAUGGCAGAAAGCAGAGCAAACCUCAAAGUCCAAAAAUAGAAUUUAUGCAUUUAAUAUAUUUUUAUGUGAUGUAGUACCAUACAGAAAUAAAAUAUACUUGGUCUUAUAAAACAAAGAAAUAUUGUGUUGUGCAGUUUUGUCACAACUAGAGAAUGAGAGAGACAAAACAUGGAAUAGUAAGCAAGACUCAGCUUGUAUUUAAAAAGACUGCUAGCUCCUCAUAAGUAAUAAACAAAUUAAAUUUCAA